AUGAAGAAGCAAGGUCUUUUCUCUCGCCUUUUUCGGCGGAAGGACGGGAGCGCCGACAGAGACUGGCGGGUGACGCUCAACGGCCCCCAGACGCAAGAUGCAUGCAGCAAUCGCGUCAUCACUGCCAAAUACACGCUGUGGAACUUCCCCUUCAAGAACUUCUGGGAGCAGCUUCACCGCAUCUCCAACCUCUACUUCUUCUUCAUUGGUUUCCUCCAAUGCAUUCCUCAGAUCUCUGGAACCAGCGGCAUCCCAAGUAUCAGCAUGCCCCUGUCGGUCGUCCUCAUAUGCAAUGCGGUAAAAGACGCCAUCGAGGACUACCGGCGCCACAAUGCUGAUAAUCGAGAAAACACACAGAUUUGCCACGUCGCUCUGCGCGGUUCGUCUCCCUCACCGGUGGCCGCAGCCCUCUCGUUUUCAACCUUUUUCGCGCGUUUCCUCGCUCUCCUCUGUUGCCGUCGGCGCACACGCUCGGCGCUGCCGCCAGCCUUUGCCUCUUCGUCAUCGCGUGCUGAAGCGGCUUCCUUGUCCGUUUCGCCUGUUUCGUGGGAGAACCUGGAGAUCGGCGACGUGGUGAUUUGCGUGCGCAAUGAGUUCUUUCCCGCGGAUAUUCUUCUGCUCGCCUCCUCGGACUCCCACGACAUCGCCUUCGUGGAGACUGCAGGCCUCGACGGCGAGGCGAACCUGAAGGUGAAGCAUCUGCAGCGGGACGUCUCCCUCUGGGUGGGGCAUCGCGGAAGCGCUGAGCGGUCGCCCUCCGCGAGGGCGGAUGCGGGCCUUCCAGAGGCGCUCGCCGCUUCGCUCUCUGCCGCAGACGCAUGCGCACUCUCCGCAUCGCUCGCGAAGCUCGCGCGCUGCACAGGCUCGCUCCGCUGCGAUAGCCCGAACAAGGACCUCCUCCACUUCGACGGCGCGCUAGCGCUGUCGAGGAUGAAAACCCAAGACUCUGCGUGCGCUCUCGCGGAGACUGCCGGAAGCGAAACCGAAGGCGGUGAGGUUGCACGCGUCGUGGCUGCGCAGCAGGGCACAGAGGAGAGGGAUGGAGCGCCGGCGCGACUCGACGUCGGCAGCCAAAGCGACGACGCUGCCGACGAUGCUUGCGAGCACGCGCGAGACGAAGCGAGCGAAGCGAUUGAGAGCAUCACGGUCCCAAUCAAUAUUCAUAACAUCCUUUUGAGAGGCUGCCGCCUGCGAAACACCAACUGGGUCAUUGGCCUCGUCAUCUACACCGGCGACCAGACAAAAAUUCAAAUGAACUCUGGUCCCCCGCGGCGCAAGAUGUCGCGCGUCGAGCUGCGCACCGGCCGGCUGAUUCUCUGCAUUGCGCUGCUCCAGUUCUUCAUCUGCUGCGCCUCUGCAAUCGCCAGCACCUUCCUCUGGUUCUCGCCCUCCGUGGAUUUGCGAAAACGCACGUAUCUCCAGGGAACCGUGGAAAUUCACCAGUUCCCGUUUGUCUUCUGGGUCACGGAGUUCUUCACGUGGAUUGUGUUGACGGCGAACUUGAUCCCAAUAUCGCUCGUCCUUCAGACUGCGCUGGUCAAGGCCAUGCAAGUGGCUUCCAUAAAUGGACCCAACGUCGACGUCUUUGAAGAGAAACGCGAGAUGAGUGGCUGGCGGACGUUCAGAAACAACGUUCUGCGUGCGUCCAGGGCGGAAUAUCGCCUCGCGGCCUCGCUGUCUCCGCCGUCCGCCUCAACUUCCGCAACUUGUGCCCUCGGCUCGCCGCCGUCAAGCUUCGUGCCUCCGGGCGUGCAGGUUCCCCUGGAGGGGCAGCACGAAGAGACCUUCGGCGCCGGAGAGACAGAGGGCGAGACGAGGGCACGUUCGCCGGAAGCGACAGGUGGACAGGCCCUGGAGCAAGACAACGACGUGGCGACCGGAGGAACAGCCUCGUCGGCCAGUGCGCAUUCUCCGCUUUCCUCGUGGGUCUGGAGCCCCGCCCUGAGGGCGACGAAGAGGGACGCCUGCCGGCAGUCGCUGUUCACCAAUGCGUUCUCCUCUUCGCUCGUUUUCUCCUCCCAGCUCAGAGACACAAACAACGAAGAAUCGAAGAACGAGAGUGCCGAAGUCUCAGAAGGAGGGAAGCACGCGUACCCCGCGGAUGAGGCAGAAACUGCGAACGGAGGAAAGCCGAUCGCGCCGCACGAGAAAAAGUUCCGCGUGAAGCUAAGGGACGGGCAAGGGCAGCGUGCCGGCGGCAUGCAAGACGUGCGCGGCGAGGCCUCAGGAGCGUUGCGGAGACCUGACGCAGCACGCGGGGAGGAGACAGCAGAAGGAGGAGCCGCAACGGAUGACGACUCCGCGGUGACUCAUGAAAAAAGUGAGGGAACCGAAGACAACGAGAUGGAGGGGUCUUUCUUCGUUGAGACGGAGAAAGAAGCGCAUAUCGUGGCGCGGACCUCGGAUUUGAAUGAGGAGCUCGGCGAGGUCGGCUACGUCUUCUCAGACAAGACUGGAACCCUAACCGAGAAUGUCAUGGAGUUUCGCAAGUGCUGCAUCCAGGGUGUUCGCUAUGGCGACGAAGAAAUCCCGGAACCCCCAUCCAGCUUCGACACUGAAACGCCUGUUUGCGUCGCGCCUGCGGACUCAAGUUUGGCGUCUGAGUUCCUCUUGUUCGUGUUAAGGUACUCUGCCAGCAGCCCGGAUGAACACGCGUUCGUGUGCGCGGCGCGUCACUUCGGCAUCACCUUCCGCGAGCGCACGCCGACAGCUGUCGAGCUCGACAUUUUGGGCCGCGUGGUGCGCGUAGACAUUUUGGCCGCGUUCCCCUUCGACAGCGCGCACCGGCGCUCGUCGGUUCUGUGCCAGAUCUCAGAGCCGCGGCGGCAGCAGGCGCAGACGGCUUUCUGCUCGCCGUCGCCUUCGCCAGUCAGGGCGGGAGCGCGCGACACGCUGGUGCGCUUCGAGAAGAAGGGCGACAGCGACAAGCACAUCGCGGGCGCUGCGUUCCAUGGCGGGCAUCUGCGCUCGUCCUCUUCCUCUCCGCUCUCGGCCUCGACAGACACGUCAGGCGGGGCCUCGCGGCUCCCGAAAGGGGCACGAGGCCUCUCGCCGCCGCCGUCGAGCCCGUCCUCGCCGCCGCCGUCGAGCCCGUCCUCGCCGCUCCCCUCGCCCGCUUCACGGCGCACCUCGUUGCUCGGAAACACCUUGCCCCGCGCGCCCGCCGCGCCCGAUCCCGAGCCUGAGAGUUCCGCCGACGUGCCCUGGGGCGUCGCGGCUGAUGCAGAGCCCGAAUGCGUCCAGCGCGUCGUGCUUCUCACCAAGGGCGCCGACAUGGUCAUCCUGCCGAGACUGAGGCCGCUGCAGGGCGCGCCGUCGCGUGGGGUCGGAGCCUCCGAGGAAGGGCGAGGAGAAGAUCCCGGCGACGUUGCAGACGGCGGCGAGGAACUGCGAAGGAAGGCGAUGGAGCGUGCCCUCGAAGCGUACGCGGCCGAGGGACUGCGGACACUCUGUAUCGCCAAGCGCACCAUCGGCGACGACGAGUUCGCAACAUGGUACGACGCCUACCUCAAGGAGCAGCUCACCAGGUCCAACAAAAAGGAAGAAAGGCUCUUCAGGCAAGUCGAAAGACACCGCCAUUCACGACGCCACGACGCGAGCACACGCAUCCGCCUGUACACUUUUUUCCCCGAGCGCAUGCGUGUGGAUCGAGCCGGCGGGCGCGCAGGGUAG